GUAUAACCAGGACACAUUUUCCUCCUCACAGCUCUACAGUACAGCUUGGUUAGCGUUUAGCAGCUCCGUAUGAAAAAACAACUGGACGGAGUCGACUGAAGGUUCCGGCUGACACACGGAAACAAACAGUCCGGAGCACAGACUCACUGGUUUGCUGCUGCAGUUUCGCUGAGGCCUCUGUCUCCUAUGGAGUCACUCAACACAUUUGAAUCCGAGAUGGAGGCUGACGGACAGGGCAACUACUCUCUGUUUCCUGCUCUGGACAGCAUUGCAAGUCUGUCUGGCACCACUGAAACUCUGGAGAGCGAACCGCCUAGUGAAAUUGCAGAGAAGCCAAACCUCACGUGGCUCGAUGCCGCACAGAUUGUGUUAGAAGAAGCUGGACGUCCCAUGCACAUAAAGGAGAUUAAACAGAGAAUCAUCGACAGAGGACUUGUUCAAUCCAAUGCAAAGUCAAGCCUGGAGGCUGUCAUGUACCGCGAGACACAAAAAGGCAGCAGGAGAUUCAAGAGGAUUGAAAACAGAAACGGAGUCUUUGCACUGCUGACUGAUGAGGAGCGGCAGCAAGCCCUGCAGGCCUUCACUGCCCAGACUUUCCUCGGCUCUCCGCAGCAGAAUACCAUCUCCAGUUCUGGCUCAGGUGCCUCAGUGCCUGCCUUCCCAUCCCCCGCCAGUUCCUCAGAGCAUAAGACCAAGAUGAAGAGAGGUCCACGAAAAAACCAGAACGAAAAGUACCGACUCAAGUACCUUAGACUGCGCAAAACUGCCCGUGCCAUGAUAUUUGAAAAUGCAGCUCUCUGUGAUGAAGUUGCCCAUUUAGAAGAGAAGUUUCUGAGAGCGAAGGAGGAGCGAAGGUUUUUACUGAAGUCACUCUUGCAGUAUCAGUCUCUGUCAGAGGGGGAGAUAUUGCCAACCCCUAGCUCAAGCUCUCAUCCACCUGUGCCACCUGUGGCAUUGACCUCAGGUCCUGCAGGGGCUUCAGGCCUGUCUGGGGGGCACAACUUGGCACCAGUGGUGUCAACAGUGGAAGACGGAGCUCUAAAAAAACCAAAGAAGGAAAGGAAAGAACGAGGCAGGGAAAACGGAAAGGAGGAACUUCCAAAGAAGAUGUCUAAGAAGAGAAAGCUGGCAGACGGGUCUCGAAAGCUGGUGCAGCCCAUCCCUCUGGACUCAUCUGGUCGUCCCGUCUUUCCUAUCGUACUGGGAGGUUUAACCGUCUACAGCCUCGGAGAAAUCAUCACAGACAGGAUGUUGUUCCAUGAUGAGUGCGCCAUAUAUCCAGUGGGCUUCUGCAGCACGCGAGUCUUUGCCAGCAUGAAAAACCCUGACCAGCAGUGCCUGUACACAUGCCAAAUUAAGGAUGGGGGAACAGGUCCACAGUUUGAGAUUGUCCCUGAAGAAGAUCCUCAGAAUGCCAUCGUGGCUUCCUCUGCCCUGACGUGCCACUCCAAUCUGCUGAAGGCCAUAGCAUCUGUCAGUUCCAAGUCUGUUGUGCCCAUCGUGCCGUCAGGAGCUGACUUCUUUGGCUUCUCACACCCAACCAUCCAGAACCUCAUCCAGAGUUGUCCUGGAGCACGCAAAUGUAGCAACUACCGAUGGAUACGUUUUGAGGUUUGUCGCCCUGGUGAUGGCCAAGUCCCUCACAGCCUGUCAGAGGACGACGCUUCGGUCAACUUCGAUGCCUAUCAGAGACACCAGGGCUUUGAUGAGAACAUCAAGAUGGAGCACAUUGCAGGACAGACACCACAGUCUCCCAGCUCCUCUCAUCAGCACCACCUGACCUCCCCCACCAUGAAGCCCUCGACGUCAUAUUUCAACUCCUGAUUCACAUCAAGGUUGAAUUUGAUCACAGUCCUAUUAAACUUUUAUUCUCAUUGUUUUUUUCCCCCUCCUUUCUGGUUCAAUAAUUCAUGAAACAGAGGAAUAUAAUAACUAAAAACUCUGUUAUUCAUUGUAUGUCAACUUAUACAAGUCCCAGACAGUAGUACUGGGGAUGUGUCCUAUCAUGGUUGAUGCUAAUAUAAUGAAUGUGGCAGAUGAGUUAGCUUUGUGCCAAUAGCAACAUAAACCCAGCACCUCUGUAUUGACAAUAUAAUUUUUUACUACAGUAUAUGUAUAUAAACGCCUGUGCUGAAUAUUAACAAA